GAGUAACAUGAUUAGGAGGAGACACUAUGAUGGUUAGAGUGAUGCGUCAGAAAGAAAGCUGGGGCUGAAGAAUCCUAGAGGGAGGCUGUAGGAAAGAUGGGUUCGAGUUACCAUCCUUUGGCAAACAGAAGAGUUCAGUGUAGUAUGCAGAGGGCAGGCUUGGAACCCGCCCGUCUACUGGCUUUGUGAGCUUGAGCAAGUUACAUAACUUGCCCAAGGCUCAGCUUUCUUAUUUGUAAAGUGAGGAUCAUAAUGGUACUUACCUCAGUGGUCUGCUGUGUUAUAGGAAAUAAUGCCUGUGAACACACAGCAGGCACCGGGCAAGGCCAACACCCAGCUCGGCCUCCAGAACCAAGGCUGUCAUGAAACUCUCAACUACUAGGGAAGACCAGUUGUAAGCACAACCCGCCUGUAAGUUUUUCCUUGUUGUGUGAUGUAGGUUGGUGAGGUUGGAAGAAGUUGAAGGGUACCACCUCGUCUUCACUGUGAGGCAUGCGUGAAGUAUGAGUGGGUAUGGACAAGGAACUGGAAGUGGAAAGUGAUAGAGCGGGAGCCCCGGAAGAACCGGAAAUGAGUCUGGAGAAACAAGAAGAAGCCAGUCAAGAAAGUCCACUAUUACAGGGUCUGUCCAGUCAUGUGACUCCGAUGGUCCCAGAAUUCUUGGACCCAGCACAUAUCCAGGAGGAGGCCUUGGCCCACGAGGACAACAACAUACAAAUCUUGCCUGCAGUGGAGCCCAAAGGUCCACAGCCCAAGGACAUAUUCCCACCUGUACAGGAAAGUAACAUCUCCAAUUUCUCAGCAAAAACCAUACAGCCCAAGCAGGUUGACAUCCCCAGUUUUUCAGCAAAGCCCAUCUUGCCCAAGCAGGCCGACAUCCCCAGUUUGUCAGCAGAAACAAUGCCACCCAAGCAGGCUGAUAACCCCAACUCCCCAGAAAAAAUUAUCCCACUCAAGCAGACGGACAUCUUCAAUUCCUCAGCAAAACCCAUAUCACCCAAACAUGUUGAAACUUCCAGUUUCUUAGCAAAAAUCACCCCACCCAAGCAGGGCAAUACACCCAAUUCCCCAACUAAAACCACCCCAUACAAACAGACUGAUAGCCUCAAUUCCCCAGCAAAAACCAUCCCACUCAAGAAGUCUGACACCCCCAAUUUUUCAGCUAAACCCAUCCCACCCAAGCAGGCUGACACCCUCCAUUCUUCAGAAAAAAAUAUCCCACCCAAGCAAGAUGACAUCCCCAAUUCCUCAGAAAAAAUCAUCCUGCCAAAGGAGGAUGGCAUGUCUACUUCUUCAGAACAACACAUCCCACCCAAGAAGGGUGACACCAUUUCCCCAGCAAAAUCCAUCCUGCCUAAGCAGGCCAGUAGCCACAAGUUCUUAGCAAAAUCCAUUCUGCCCAAGGGGGCCAAUGCCCCCAAGUUGUCAGCAAGAAAUUCCCAGUCUAAGCAGGUCAACAGCCCCAAGAUCUUAGCAAAAUCCAUCCUGUCCAAGCACAGCCACACUUCCAAGUCCUCAGAUGAAAGCAUCCUGCUUAGGGAUAGUGACACCAAGUCGUCAGAAGAUACCAUCCACCCCAAGGAGGGACACAUCCUCAUGUCCUUAGAGGAAAGCAUCCUGCCCAGACAGGUUGACAUCAAGUCCUCAGAAAACACCAUCCACCCCAAGGAGGGUGACCUCCUCAAGUCCUCAAAAGAAACCAUCCUGUCCAAGGAGGAUGACAUUCCCAAGUCCUCACAAGAAGUCAUCCAGCCCACAGAAGGCAAUGUCUUGGAGCUGUCACAGACAAUGGAACUCCUGGAGGUGGACCUGGUGAAAGCGAUCCUGAGCAAGGAGGAAUUUGAGUUGGCACUCAAGGAGGCCGGGGAGAGAUUGGUAGCCGUGGACUUCUCGGCCACCUGGUGUGGGCCUUGCAGGACCAUCAAGCCCCUUUUCCGGUCCCUGUCCUUGAAGUAUGAGGAUGUGGUGUUCCUGGAAGUGGACGCUGAUGAGUGUGAGGAGCUGCUGAGGGACCUGGAGAUCAUUUGCAUCCCAACCUUCCAGUUUUAUAAAAACGAAGAAAAGGUGGGAGAAUUUUGUGGUGCCGUUAAGGAAAAACUCGAAGCAAGCAUUGAAGAAUUAAAGUAAUUGUGGACUCUGAAAGCACUGUUAACAGUCAGCUGGUUAUAGUCUGUGUUUUUUUUUUAAUUUAUUUACCAAAAGAGAUGAGACAUAAAGUGUCUGCUCCAUAAGUGAUCAAGUAUUAACCCCACCUUCUCAAAAAUCAGUAAAGCACUAAAGCGUCUUGUGACCAUGUUCUCCUUGGUAGAAAAGUGUGAUAUUAGAAUUUCCUUUGGUGGAGAUUGGGAGCGCACCUGUCUCCUAUUUUUUUGAUCCUGAUCUUUUUUGGAACUCGCCCUUGAAAAUUCAGUUCACUUGGUGUUAGUGGCAACAUUGGACGUUUAGACAAUUCUGUAAAAGCAUAGGAUUUAUAGAUGGGUGGAGACUUUUCUCAUUUGGGGUUUCUGAUAAGAUGCUUCGGGAAAUAAAGAAUUGGAAAGAUUCACAUAACCUACCUAACCUCCUCUAAGUGCAGGGAGUGCUCUGGUGGCCUCAGGAAAUCCCAUGGGCUCACCAAGCCCACAUGGAAUUCCUUGGUGGCAGAGCCGAGAUCAAGGCUGUGUUCCCAGAUCUCAAGUGCAGUCCUCUUUCUACUAAUCAUGCCCACAAAAUCCGAUACAGGGCUCCCAGCUUCUGAUUUCUCAGAGCAAGAGCUUUAUGAUUCAGGUCAAAGUCAGGGUGAUCUUCAAUGCCAUUAUGACAUCAGCUCCCUGAUGACAGAGUUCCUACUUUGUCUUCUGGUAAUGGGGUUUCUGAAACCUGCUCCCAGACAUCUCAGAUCCCAAAGGCCUAGGUCUGGGUCACAGAUGGUGGCUUGGUCCAGAGCUUUUGUGUUUAAAAAACAAUGUAUAUGUGAUACACGCAUGUAUAACAGCAUGUGUCUAAUGUAUGCAGUUUGAUGAAUUUGGACAUAUGCAUACACCCAUCAUUACCAUAGUCAAGGUAACAAACAUACCCCUCAUCUCCAGAGUUUCCUUGUAUGUCCUCUCUUUUGUCAUUGUGGUGGUGGUGGCAGUGGUAAGAGCACUUCACUGGUGCUCUUCACUUCACUCUGAUCUCUUAACAUUUUAAACACACAAUACUGUGUUGUCAAUGACAGACCAACUCUUGUACAGCAAAUCUCUAAGACUUAGCCAUUCCAGAGAACUGAAACUUGUACCCAAUGAGCAACAACUCUUCAUUUCUCCCCCUAUUCCUCAUCAGCCAUCAUCCUGUCUUCUGCUGGUCCAGUCUUUUAAAGAAUUUGAACUAGUUGUCAACAUUUCAAAAAACAGGAUUCCCUUUAAAACCUUGAAUUCCAGCUUUUCUUGAAAAACUGUAAAACUGGGCGAUCUGGGCUUGCAUUCCCUCAAGAAACCAGUCUAAUCUUAGAGGCUCCAUGGCACUGCCUCCCAUUGGUGGUGAGAAACUGGGCUGACCACUUUUAUGCAGCUGAGUUGCAAUGCCUCAGUUAACCGCAGGAGGGGUGCUGCACCAGGAACUCCUACUGUGUGCUCUAGCUCAAUGGUAGACCUCGUCUGAGCCACGAAAAAUAACCACCUAAGAAUAGAAACAAAAUGCCAUGCCUACCUGGACUUUCGUCUAAAAACAUUUGGGAUGACCUACGUGAAGUAUUAACGAUAAGGCUAACAAAUUCGUGAAAAUGAGUAAGAUGUCAACUGAGGUUCAUAUAAUCACUCUGUUUCAAUGGGACAUUUUGUUCUGAGUUUCUCAGCAGUCUGGAUGGGGCAGG